GAAAUUAAUAAUUGGAUUAUAAUUAAAGUUGACAAAUUAUAUAGAGGUGUGACACGCACCUACUUUGGAAAACAUAAGCGUUUCUUAUCCCAGUGUGUUCAGAUUGAGAUUCAGCCGUUAUGUGAAUCUGUACAUGACUUCCACUCCAAUUUAUGUGGUUUUUAGGGAGAUCGACUGAUGUAUUUUCGACCACCAGGACAGGUAUUUGAACUAUUAUGAAUUUGGAAUAUCACAGUCACAGUUCAGUGAGUUCCCUUCAUGAGCAAACUGAACAGAAUAGCAAUGUUUAUCCCUAUGACAGAAGGGCAGCUUCUCCAGGAUCUAUGACAAGGUUCACAAAUCCACAAAUGUCUAACUAUCAGAAUUACCCAAGAGGACAACCGGCACACUAUACUGGCUCACGAAGUCCUAGCUUAGAUUCUAGAGACUUUCAGUCGAAGCCUUUAAAUGAUUAUGGUACAGUCAAUGGAAGGGAUGCUUCCUAUCCUGGAAGUCGAAACAGUUAUCAAGGUCUCUCUGAUGGUCAGUCAUAUCCAGUUGAAACAAAUGAUGAAUCUGGAAACUAUAGUGAUCACAAUACAUUUAAUACAUAUAAAGACACAUAUGGAAAUGAACAAACAUUAGAAAGACAAUAUGAUGAUCUCAGUUUUUCAGAGAGAGAGCAUGUUAGUGAUCAUAAUGACCCGUAUUAUAGUGGUACUGGUCAGCCGCUAUAUUCUGAAACAGAUGGUUAUCCAAGUGAAAGAAAUUAUCAAGAUGCACCAUAUGAUCCAUACAGUAACCGUGUGGAUACAGAUACACUUCCAGCGGUAAACAACUAUGAAACCCACGAAGACUUGUAUGUUAUUAAUGCAAGAUAUGCCGACACAGACCUGGAUGGUCCAAAUUAUAGAAAUAGUUAUUCUAAGGAAGAGAAUCCAUACAGCUCUACAAAUUCACCCCGGUUAAGAGGAAGUUAUUCAUCAAAUAGACCAGAUGAUCACAAUCAACAGGGUUACAAUAUGGAUUCUCUGCAUGGUAAUAUGGAUGCCGGUCUUCCACCAAUGAGAACUGAUCCAUUUGCUGAUGAUCCAUUCCGAGAUGGUGGCAGUGAAUCUAGCUAUAGACAUGACGUGAGGCCUUUAGAUGAACACAGUUAUGAGAGAAACCAAGAUAAAUAUGCUCCAGCCCAUUUGGAAGAUAACUUGCCUCCAUACGAAGAAGAGCCUUAUAACUCCAACAGGCCUCCAUAUGAAGAAGACCCAUAUAUGUAUAACUCCAGCAGUCACCAUGAUCCAGUUUCAUAUCAGGAUCAAGACUUACCCCAUUAUAAUGAUUACAUGGACUAUCCUGGGGAAACUAGACCUUUUUACCCGGAGACAAAAGAAGAGGCCAACAAACUUCAAGCUCCUGCCAAUGAUUAUGAUUACUCUGAUGGGCGACGUACACCUAGUGAUAGUGGUAGACCAGGUUUUCCAAAAUGGAGAAACCCAGAUUUACAAGAGGUAAUAGAUUAUUUGAAUGAUGAAGAUGAUGAUGUGAAAGCCCAUGCUGCAGCUUACCUACAACAUUUAUGUUUUAUGGAUGAUGAUAUGAAAGCUAAAACCAGAGGUCUUGAUGGCAUCCGCCCUUUAGUUAAAUUACUUAGUAAUGAUUUUCCUGAAGUUCAUAGAAAUGCUUGUGGCGCUCUCCAGAAUUUAUCAUAUGGUAAAGCCAACAAUGAAAAUAAAAAGGCAAUAAGAAAUGCAAAUGGUAUACCUGAGUUAAUUCGAUUAUUAAGAAAAACCCAAGAUGAGGAUGUGAAGGAAUCAGUAACAGGAAUAUUGUGGAAUCUUUCAUCUUGUGAGGAUCUAAAGAAACCAGUGAUUGAUGACGGAAUGACUGUAUUAGUUAAUAACAUUAUAAUACCUGGCUCUGGGGUGGAUAGGGUUGGUGCCUUACCCUACCAAGAUCAUGAUUCAUGGACUACUGUCUUUAGAAAUGGUACUGGAGUAAUCAGGAAUGUGAGCUCAGCUGGUUAUGAAGCUAGGAAGAAACUUCGUGAGUGCAGGGGCCUUGUAAAUUCUUUAAUACAUACAUUAAAGCUGGCUGCAGACAGUAAGGAUGUAGACAAUAAACCUGUGGAAAAUGUUGUUUGUACACUUCGGAACCUCUCCUAUAGAAUUCAAGAAGUACAAGAUCCAGACUUCUAUAAGAAGAGAUACAAUACCUUACAGAGAAUGGAAAGGGGAACAGAGAAGGAUGAAAAAUCUGGUUGUUUUGGUGGAGGAGCUGUUAAGAAAAAGGGACAACAGCAGAAAGGAGACAAUAAAAAUGGUCCUAAUCAAAGUAAUUAUGUCAAACAGCUUCCAGCAGUAGCACAUGAAUAUAAAGCAUUAUGGGGAAAUGAAGUGAUACAGAAAUAUUUAUCACUCAUAAAGACAACUUCUAACCCCAUCACUCUUGAAGCAGGAGCAGGUGCUAUACAAAACCUUGUAGCAUGUGAUUGGCCUCCUGCAGUAGAAAUAAGAGCUAAUGUGAGAAAAGAAAAGGGGUUGCCUCACUUGGUAGAUUUACUUGCUUUUGAGAAUGAUAGAGUUGUAUGUGCCUCAGCUACAGCAUUGCGUAAUUUAGCUAUAGAUGAAAGAAAUAAGGAACUAGUUGGUAAAUAUGCCAUGAGACAGUUAGUUAGUAAAUUACCCCAAGAUACCCGUCAUUCAGAGUUAGUUCCACCUGAUGAUACAUUGUGUGCUGUUAUAGCCACCUUGUAUGAAGUUGUGAAAAAUAACCAGGACUUUGCACAGUCACUGUUUACAGAAAAUGGUGUUCCAAGAUUAAUGUCAAUUACCAUGUCAGAGGGAAAAUACCUUGCUCGUACAAUUAAAUAUGCUUCAACUGUUUUACGAACAAUGUGGCAGUUCAAGGCAUUACAUGCAGAAUAUGCAAGAUUAGGAUACAAUGAAGCAAAUUUUAUAUCUGCAUCAGCAUUUCCAAGACCAGAAGGGAAAGGUUACCAGUCAUCUAAUGUUGUGAAAAGUCCAGCUGUUAGUAACCAAAGUACCCCAUAUAAUACAUUAAGUCGAGGAAUAUCUGCUCAAGGUUAUGAUGACAACACAAUGUCGCAUGGUCCGGUUAAGAAACUCCCAACCAACAUUAAUUCACCCUAUUAUGAUGGCUAUCAUUCAAUGUCUAAUAGUAAUUCAGCUUUGCAUAAAGAUUCUCAUGUGCAUUCUGGCAAUGCAACACGGGGUGGUGAUAUUCCAAUGUCAGAUUUAGGGCCUUCAGCAGGUUAUGUAUAUACAGAUGAACACAGGGUUGCAACACCAGUUUUAUCGAAUUUACCACAGAUAAAUUAUCCAGAUAAUGGUAGAAAUAUUCCAAACUCUGAACCCUUAUAUGCACAAGUUAAUAAAGAUAGACGAAGACAGGAUAAUUAUGAUCAUUCCAUUCCAUUAGAUUCUGAUGGAGCAAAGACAGCAGGGGGUGCUGACUCUUGGGUCUGAAUAUUCACUCAGUAACCAGCAAUAAAAAAAAAUGUUAUUGAUAAAUAUUUAAGGCAGCCAAGUUCUAUGAUUAGCCAUUUCUUGUUUUAAAAAAUGAGAAAUAAAUUAAUUACUAACAACUAUGAUUAGAUAAAGUCUGAUAUUAUCAUGACAGCUGUAAUUGUAAAAAUUUUAUAUUUUUAUUUUGUACAUGAACGAGUUUGUACCAUUCAUAUUUUAUUCAACUUUGUUAUAUACUAUGUAAAAUAAGAUUUUAACUAACAGUUUUUAUAAGCUUAUAUUUAACUGCGGCAAUAUUGCCAUCAAUCCUAGCUAGGACACACAAAAAGAUUCCAUCACAUAAAACUAUUAACCAACUUUUGUAAGUUAUUUGUUGUGGAGAAUAUUAAAAUUAUGUGGCCUUGAUCAUUAUAUUAGUAGGAAUCUGUUAAUCUAGUAUGUAAAUUAGGAUUUAUUAAUCAAAAUUAAACCUACAGCACUGUUCCAUUAAUAUUUAUAAGUCCACAUUCAACAAGGUUAUAACUUCCAGAGUUAUUGCCUUUGAUUACUUUGUAGAACCUUGUGAUCGCUCCCAUCCAUGAUAAAAAAUUAUCCGUUUGAAAUUUACAAUUUCAACCAUUUCUGUUUGGAGUUUUGUAGAUUUUUGUCAACCUGCCAAUGAUAUUUUACAGGUUAAAAUUUUACUUUUUAUUCACUUAAAGAUUUACAACGCAACAACCAUGUGGACGGAUUUUUAAAAAAUUGGCUGCUGCGGGAGAAGGUUUCAUUCACCUGGCAACCUAUAUUUAUUAACAAGGCCGAAUUUAGAUGAUGUAAAUUACUGAAAGAGUCUGAAAACAAUCAGAAUCAUAUUUAUUUUUACUACUUAAAUCAAACUUUAUAGAGUGCACUAGGAACUUAUAAUAGUGUUUCUGGUAAUUUCUAAAGAUUCUGCAUGUUACCAGCCUGCCAAAUCUAUCUUGUUUAUGAUCAUGAGAUGAAGAAGCCUAUGAUAACUGGAACCGCUAAAGUUAUCUAAUUUCCAGUACAAAUUUUGUUUAUGUUAGUGCUAUGUCGAACAAGAACUAAUGAUCUAUCAAAUUUUAAUUAUUUAUGGAUUUUUGCCCAUGCUUCCAUUACCCACCAAAAACAUGUGACCACCUUUCUGAACUGCCAGGACUAAGAUAUGUUGAAUCUUACUUUUUAUGAGACUGCAUAAACGAUGUAUUAUCUUCCUAGACCUAUAUAUGCAGUCUAAUAAAAAAGCAAAAACUAUUCAACAGUUUCAUGGCCUAAUUGACCAUUAAAAGUAGAAAGGAAGGUGGCCCAAAUGAAAUUCAAAAGUUCACCUUAUAUUAAUCAUGCAUUAACCCUGCAUUUAUUUUAUAUUAGUCAAACUUUCUCCAGAGAAUGUUUCACAUGAAUGUAUUUGAUCAAAAAUAUGGUUAUUACAUAUCACAACAUGGUUAUCAAUUGGUGUAUAUAAUUUACAUUGAUUUAAAUGCUUAUUGUAUUAUACAUAGUUUUCUUUUAUUUGAUAAAACAAUCUAACUAAACCAG